AUUCGCCAACUUCCAGAGAAAAUAAAUUCGCAAAUGGCAAAAAAGGAGUUUCUAAAAGCUACAGAGGGGCUAGCAAAAAGUCUUGAUUUACUGAACGGUCCCUUGAAGGAGGUUGAGGCUCUGGUUGAGGUUAAGGUUGAAUUGGAGACCAGAUCUACCCUCCUUUACACCAGGUUACUCGAGGACCUGUCAUCUCAGUUGUACAUUGAGUCCACGUGGGAUGUUCUACAGUUACAGAGAGCGGGUUCUGCGCGGGAAGCUCCAUUUCAGCGUGCUGGAAGCGGGAGGAACAGCAGUGAUAGAACCCCGGGCUCGGGCAGGGGCAAAGAGGGAGGGUCGGGAAGGGGUAAGGAGGGCAGAGAAGGUUCUGGAAGAAAACCUGGAGAACAUUUGAAAGCACGUCGUCUUCUUCUUGAUCCAGGGAGACCAGGAAGUAACUCUGGUAGCCUGCUGAGCCCUGCUGAGGAGGAUUCCUGGAAUCUGAUCCUAGAGAACCCGGAGAAAGCAGAUCCGUCCAAGGGACCUGCACACUGUAUUCUGAUAGAUAUGGAGUGUCUUGCACUUUUGAACAGGUUACCGGAGGCUAUUGAGAGUUUGACCUCUGAGCUUCAGGGUCAACUGUUCCAGAUUCUGACCAGGAGUACACAUCAGCUCCUUGACACUGCUAAAUAUUCUCAGGGGGAUAAACGCCUUCUUCCUCAACUUUUCUCUGCUGUGGUCUCCCAGCUGAACCGUGUGGUUGACGCGUACCGUCUUGCAGCCAAGGCUGGGCAGAGAGCAGUUACUCGGCAUAAAGCCGACCCGGUCCGACUAGAUCUGGCAGAUGUUUGGUCUAAGGUUCAAUCUGUUAUUCAGGUUCUGCUGACAGACUAUCUGGACUUCAAGUCCAGUAGCACUAUGGGCAGCAUCAACGUUCAUCAGAACACCAGCAACAACUUUAGUGAGCCAACAGCUGACAUCAACUCAUACUUUGUGCGUCGUAAGAUUGCGCGGCCCAAGCGCUCCUCUCUGUUUAGGUUUGAUAGUUCCUCCACUGCGCUAACUAUCAACGACUUUAUGAGAGAAAAUAACGCUGAAGAAUCUGGGUUUGGAGGAGGAGGAGAUGAGAAGGUUCUGGUGUGUGACGCCAACCCUCACAAUAUCACACUCAUCUUCAACCAGCUCAUCGCCUUCAUUCAGCAGAUAGAGAAGGCUCUGAAAUGUCAACCUGGAACUCAUUGCACUCUUUAUGCCUUCCUCAUGGACUAUAUUAAGGAUGUAUUCCUGGGACAAAUCCACGUUGAUAUCUCCAACUCCUUGAACUCCGCCAGUCAGAGCUUAGAUGCUUGGAAAUCUGUCACAGAUUCAGAGAUACUUAGAAACCUCAAGGUUUCUCGCCCCCUGCUUCAGAGCACUGUAAAUGUUUGGAAAAGCAUUGAGGACCUAGGAGAGAUGAUGGUGACCCUCCCCCUCUACUCAACCCACUUCCUUACCAUCAUGUGCAACAUACUCAUGCAGUACAAGGAGAUAUGUGGCGCUGCGUACAGAGGUUUAGUUCAACCAGAUACCGAGGAUAAACGUAUCAUCUCAGCACAGUGGGCCAAGGACGAGGAUAUUUCAAGAUUCCUGAAGUCGCUGCCUAACUGGGAGGCUGUAUUUGAGGACGAUGAUGUAGGAGGGGGAGGAGGAGGGAGAGGGGUUGAGGAGAGUGUGGAGGAGGUUGAGAAGAGGAACCGGAAGGAAACUGAGAUCCUUGUUCAGAAUCUGGGGAGCUCAGAUAUUCCUCAACAUGAGAUACUCUCAGAUUCAAACCAACUUAGAUCUCUGGCCCAACUACAUGAAAGCUUGGAUUGGUUUGCAAGAUCUGUUUUAAACUUGAGCAAAACUUUAAAGGAUCAUGCACUGCCUGAGAGUACCCUUCAGACCCUGAUAUCCUUGGCCCAGGAGUUUGUAGAACUCGGAGAUAUUUGUCUUCUUGUUCUUCAUCUGGAGGUUCGAGUUCACUGCUUCUUCUAUCUUCUUCCCCUUUGGCGGGGACCAGGGGGAGGUCCAUCUCAGUAUUUUGGCGGACCUGACUCUACGGAUCCUAGUAAUGAGAUCAUUCAGCUUAACAGGGAUCUGGUGGCUGUAGAAGAUGCUCUUGAUUCUGCUCUUCAACCCCGUCGUAUUCAAUAUAUAUUUGAGGGAGUCUCUCAUCUAGUAUCUGGUAUACUGAUCAGCUCUGCAGCAACUAUUAAGAAGAUGAAUGGAAACGGAGUAAAGAAGAUGUGCAGGAAUAUAUUUUCUGUUCAACAAACCCUGACUACUAGCGUAACAGGUCGGAGAGAAGUUGCACUGGACCAAGCUAAAACUUUCUAUGAACUGGUUAAUUUUACCCCAGGUGAGAUGUUGACCCAUAUAGUGGAGAGAGGAGCAAUGUUUUCCCAGCUAGAUUAUAUUAAUCUUCUUCAGCUUAUUAAUAGGUCCCAGCCCCGACCUGACAAUGAAGGGCUGAGUAAGAAUAUUGAGAAACUGUCAGAGAUUCUCAACGGAGCCGGAGCAAGACCUGGAGUUGCGGUUUAAUAGUUGCCAAGAUUCACAGGGUUUCCAACAAAGGAUGAGAAUUCAAAGACGACUGUACGGAAUGAUACUGUCUGUUUCCUGAUAAUCAUGAUUCCCGCAAGUGCCAAAUCGAUAAAUAGGUCAUUAAAAGACUAUUCAAGGCGGUAGACUAAAUUUAACCUUGGACUUUUUAUAAUUUUACUUAUAGUUUCAGGUCGUCCGUACAGUCUCAUCCUUUGUGGGUCCCUCUGUACCUAAACCAACCAACUUUACAGGAAUAACCUUCAAAAGAAGAGGCUUUAGAGACGACUGUAGAAAUUAAAAGGGACAGUAAGCAUAAUUUUAAGUGACAUUGCCUGAUUCAUAACUGGGCCCUUGAAAAAAUUGUGGAAGAUAUUAUCGUUCUUCCAGGUUUAAAAAUGUUAAACUCUGAUAAUUCCUAAAUGUUUUCCUGCAGAA